ACGGACCCCCGCCCUCCCGCCUUCCUUCCCGCCGGACGUCGUCCCGCUCCGCCGCGGGGCCCGCGCGCCAGGCCCCGGCCGGCCUCGCAGAUUUCCAUGAGGACAACUUUCAAGGACCUGAAUGGCCUCGUUGUAGCUACUUCAAAGAUUGGAGCGGAAGCCUCCCCCGUUCUCCGUGCCCGGUGUGACAGUGGCUACUAAGAGCCAUGAAAGUGAUUCCCGAAAAGAAUGCCGUCCGGAUACUGUGGGGCCGGGAACGGGGCGCACAGGCCCUGGGGACGCAGCGACUUCUGCAGGAGCUGGUGGAGGAUAAAACACGAUGCAUGAAAUGGGAGGGCAAGAAAGUAGAACUGCCUGACAGUCCUCGCUCCACCUUCUUACUGGCCUUCAGCCCAGACAGGACUCUCAUGGCCUCUACCCACGUGAACCACAACAUCUAUAUCACCGAGGUGAAGACAGGCAAGUGUGUCCAUUCUCUGGUCGGACACCGCCGCACACCCUGGUGUGUGACCUUUCAUCCCACCAUUCCGGGCCUCAUUGCUUCUGGCUGCCUAGACGGGGAGGUUAGGAUUUGGGAUUUACAUGGUGGCAGUGAAAGCUGGUUCACGGAUAGCAACAAUGCCAUCGCCUCCCUGGCUUUCCACCCCACGGCUCAGCUCCUGCUCAUCGCCACAGCCAACGAGAUCCACUUUUGGGAUUGGAGCCGGCGGGAGCCCUUCGCCGCGGUGAAGACGGCCAGCGAGAUGGAGCGGGUUCGGCUGGUGAGAUUUGAUCCCCUCGGACACUACUUACUCACGGCGAUUGUUAAUCCUUCCAACCAGCAGAGCGACGACGAGCCGGAGCUGCCCGUGGACGGCGCGGAGAUGCCGCACUACCGCCAGCGCUCGCUCCUGCAGUCGCAGCCGGUCCGCCGGACCCCCCUCCUCCACAACUUCCUCCAUAUGCUGUCCUCCCGCUCCUCCGGCAUCCAGACCGAGCCCUACCACCCCCCGGAGCAGGCCUCGUCGACCCAGCAGGACCGGGGCCUCCCGACCCGGCCGUCCGCCUUCAGCACGGUCCAGAGCGGCACCGCCGGCAACACGCUGCGCAACCUGAGCCUGGGCCCCACCCGCCGCUCCCUGGGGGGCCCCCCGCCCGGCCACCCGGCCAGGUACCACCAGGCCGGGAGGGAGCUGGCCUCGGGGCUGGGGGGCGCCGACUGGACCCGGACGGUGCUGAGCGCGAGCUCCCGCUCGGAGGCCGAGGCCAUGCCCCCGCCGCGGACCAGCGCCUCCUCGGUCAGCCUGCUGUCCGUGCUGCGGCAGCAAGAGGGCGGCUCGCGGGCGUCCGUGUACACCUCGGCCACGGAGGGCAGGGGCUUCCCGCCCCCGGGGCUGCCGGGCGAGGCGGAAGGCGCGGGCGGCGCCGGCCAGGGCAACCCGGGCACCGUCCGCAACGAGCUGCAGUGCGACCUGAGGCGCUUCUUCCUGGAGUACGACCGGCUCCAGGAGUUGGACCAGGGGCUGGGGGCGGAGCCCGGCCCGGCCCAGCAGGCCCAGGAGCUGCUCAACAACAACGUGGAGCCGGAGCGGCCGGGCCCUUCCCAGCAGCCCACCCCCCACAGCAGCGAGAACAACUCGAACCUGUCGCGGGGCCACCUGAACCGCUGCCGGGCCUGCCACAACCUCCUGACCUUCAACAGCGACACGCUGCGGUGGGAGAGGACCGCGCCCGCCUACGCGCCGGGCGAAGGCGGCCCGUCCUGGCAGGUCCCCGGCGCCUUCGAGGGGGGCCCGGCCGGCGGCCAGCCGCCCGCCGCCGAACGGACCGAGGGUCGGGCGCCGGGCUCCAGCCGGCUGGAGCCGAGCGGUCCGGCCGGCCCGCGGGAGGAGAGGACUGUGGGAGUGGCUUUUAACCAGGAGACGGGCCACUGGGAGAGAGUUUACAGCCAGUCGGCUGCGAGUAGACCCGGGAAUGUAUCACAGGAGGCCUUAAACCAGGAAAUGCCUGAGGAGAGCUCUGAAGAAGAUUCGCUCCGGAGGAGGCUGCUGGAGUCUUCCCUCAUUUCAUUGUCCCGUUAUGAUGGAGCAGGGUCCCGGGAGCACCCAAUCUACCCAGACCCAGCGAGGUUAUCUCCUGCUGCAUACUAUGCACAGAGGAUGAUCCAGUAUCUUUCCCGGAGGGACAGCAUUCGUCAGCGCUCCAUGCGCUACCAACAGAACCGUCUCCGCUCUUCCACCUCCUCCUCUUCCUCAGAAAACCAGGGCCCAUCAGUAGAGGGAAAUGACUUGGAAUUUGAGGACUUCGAGGACAACGGCGACAGGUCCAGGCACAGAGCCCCACGGAACGCCCGGAUGUCCGCACCUUCCCUCGGCCGCUUCGUUCCCAGGCGUUUCCUACUGCCGGAGUACUUGCCUUAUGCCGGGAUUUUCCAUGAACGUGGGCAGCCUGGCUUGGCCACUCACUCAUCCGUUAACAGGGUCCUGGCAGGGGCAGUGAUCGGGGAUGGACAGUCCGCAGUAGCCAGUAACAUUGCCAACACCACUUACAGACUCCAGUGGUGGGACUUCACCAAGUUUGACCUGCCGGAAAUAAGCAAUGCCUCAGUGAACGUGCUGGUGCAGAACUGCAAGAUCUACAACGAUGCCAGCUGUGACAUUUCUGCCGACGGCCAGCUCCUGGCGGCUUUCAUCCCCAGCAGUCAGCGGGGCUUUCCCGACGAGGGCAUCCUGGCGGUAUAUUCCUUGGCACCCCACAACCUGGGCGAGAUGCUCUACACCAAGCGUUUCGGCCCCAAUGCCAUUUCGGUGAGCCUGUCUCCAAUGGGCCGGUACGUGAUGGUCGGACUGGCUUCCCGGAGGAUCCUGCUGCAUCCCUCCACGGAGCACAUGGUAGCCCAGGUCUUCAGACUGCAGCAGCCGCACGGCGGGGAGACUUCCAUGAGGAGAGUCUUCAACGUCCUCUACCGAUUGCCAGCCGACCAGCGGAGACACGUCAGCAUCAAUUCGCCCGGGUGGCUGCCUGAGCCGGGGCUCGGCUUGGCCUACGGCACCAACAAAGGGGACCUGGUGAUCUGCCGGCCAGAGGCCUUAAACUCUGGUGUUGAGUACUUUUGGGACCAGCUGAAUGAGACAGUCUUCACCGUCCAUUCCAACGGCAGGAGCGGUGAGAGACCAGGAACCAGCAGAGCCACGUGGAGGACGGAUAGGGACAUGGGCCUGAUGAAUGCCAUUGGCCUGCAGCCCCGGAACCCCACCACCUCGGUGACGUCCCAGGGCACCCAGACUCUGGCACCCCAGCUGCAGAAUGCAGAGACGCAGACGGAGAGGGAGGUGCAGGAGCCGGGGGCGGCCUCCUCUGGGGCCGGCGAAGGUGAGGGGCCGGAGUACGGGCCCGGCGGAGAAGACGCCCUCAGCAGGAUCCAGAGGCUCAUGGCCGAGGGCGGCAUGACGGCCGUGGUGCAGCGGGAGCAGAGCACCACCACGGCCUCCAUGGGCGGCUUCGGCAACAACAUCAUCGUCAGCCACCGCAUCCACCGCGGCUCCCAGACGGGCACGGAGCCCGGGGCCGCCGACGGGGCCGGCCCGCCGCCCUCCGCCUCGCGCGGGCCGGCCGCCCGGCUCGGGCCGGCGGCAGAGCGGGGCCCGGGCCCGCGGACAGCCCCCGGGGACGGGCCCGGCGGGCGAGACCCCGCCGGCCCGGCCCCGACCCCCCCAGGCACUGAGGGACCGAUCGCGUACAGCGACCCGACCGAUAACGGCCACCUUCCCGACAGCACCGAGAGCCUCGGCGGAGAGCCGCGCAACAGGAGCUCUAGGACGUCGUGCGGCUACAUCGGGGUCCUUCCCUUCUGGGUCCCCGCCUCGGCCGAGCUGUGCCGCCCGCGUUCGGCGAACCGCAGGAUCCCGGGCCCCAGAAGGCUACUUGCCUGGGGAUCUUCGCCGCCCCCCUCGGGCGACCCCCCGCCGUCCGCGGAGAGAGCAAGCGGCGGAGCGCCGGAGCCGCUCGACGGAGAGGCCGAAGAGGCGGGCGGGGGCCGUACGUCGUCGGGGGCCGUCCGCCCCCCGACCCUCCCUCCGGACCCCCGCCGUCCCGAGGGCCCUCCGGCGCCCGAACCGUCAACGGCCCGAGCUUCGCCGCGAGCGUCGAUCGCCGUCGGCCGCGGGGCGCUGCGCCGGGCGCCCGGGGAGGCACGGCCGAACGGCGUCGGCGGCCGCGUCCCCCGGCCGCGGGGCGCUGGCGGUCCAAAAGGGGCCCGCGGACGCACCCCCGAUAGCCGGAGGGAGGGCCGUCGCCCUCCGGAUCCACCCCGUCCCGCUUCCGUCGCCUCGGCCUCUCCGGGGCCCGAAUCUCCCCGCCCUCGCUUGGAGAAGCCCGGGCCCGGUCCUCGGAGGAGGCCCACGCCCCUCGCACCCCACGAUCCCUUCCCGUCCCGCGCCCCCUUCCGCCCCGUGCCCUCUCACCCCGCGCCCCCUUUCUAG